AUGGGCUCAAGUAACAAAAAGAAGAAGGAGAAGAAGAAGGACUUUCAGAAAGCAAAGCUGAAAGUGGGAAAGGCCAAGGCAAAGGCAGCAAAUUUCACCGAUACUAGCUUUAAGUCUAAAUCGAUUGUUGUCAAUCAACAGACUCUUGCAAACGAUGGCUCAGACCCAAGAGAGCAGUUCAAACUGAAUCUGUCACUGGCCGUCAAUGCAAAGUCGGACAAUCAGAGGCGCGAUGCAUUAGCUUACAUCACCAACCAACUCUCAGCCAACCCGCCUAACAACCCUGUCGGGACCUCGGGUGUUCUGACCAAGCUACUCCCCGUACUGUCAGAUGGAUCCGUCUCGGUACGCACACAGCUCCUCAAGUUACUCCGAGCCUUGCCGCCAUCGGAGGUCGGGGCACAUGUCGAGAAAAUCCUCAUGUAUAUCCGAGGUGGCAUGACACAUCUGUCUAUCGACAUCCGCACCGACACGUUGAACGUUCUGGAAUGGCUCCUCGAGGUUGCCGGGGACCAAACUGUCUCUUGCCCCGGUGGUUGGCUGAAGACACUGAACAGCUUCAGCUCUAUGCUGGGCUGGAACCCCAGUGUUGGGUCUGCCAUGGGAAAUAAAGGAUGGACGUCCGCCUCCAAGGCGACACUUGGUACCAAGAGGGGCCCUGAAGCGCAGGCAAGGCAGAUUCAAGUCCUGGGUAUGUUUCUCCAGACUGGGUUCCGGCCAGAGGCGCCAAUAUCCUACAACCCGAUGGCAUACUGGGACAAUAUCUACCGUCUCCCUGGCACUCCUAACCCUUUUGCCUACCUCAAUCUAUUUGGAGCGCCCAGAGACGAGGAUAGCGAGAUGUACCCAGACCGCAUCUCGAGACAACGCAUCUUUGACGCCAAAUGGCGGGCCGCCAUCUCGGCCGGGGCGGAGAGCGCGAAAAAGGAGGGUGGUAUAAUUGGCAGGGCUGCUGCGACAUUAGACAGGGCAUUGGGUGUCGGUCUUGGGUGA